AUGUACAACUGUUUCGUUAAUCAUUGCUCAUCGAUCAUAGAAGAAUGCAUCCCCUCCACCAACACCGCCUCAUCCGAUAUCUCCGCCGUCCGAUCGUACAUAGAUCGACUCAAACUCAAACUACAAUCCGCUUUCGACCCCUCUCUCGCCCUAAAGCUUGAGAAAGCAUCUAACCGGAUUCGAGUUCUCACAGAGUCGAAACUGAAUCCUAGAAACAGCCGCGGUUUCUUCCGCUAUGCAAACAGUCGCAUACGCGCACACGAAGCCAUCCCAACUCUCCGAUCAUCAAGCAAGGUUUCCGUGGAGGCUCGCGAUAAGGCCGAUCUCCUCGGACAACAUUUCGCAUCUAUCUUCGACCCGACUCCUCUACCCCCUCAAACAUCUACUCCCGCUCCCAAUCCCACAUACCCAUCCACCCGACUCCGGUUCUCCGAGUACGACGUAUACAACCUUCUCAGCCAUCUCGACGGAAAAUCACAAACCACGCCUGAAAAUAUUCCCUCAAUCUUCUUCAAAAAAUUUGCAAUCUUCCUGGCCGAGCCCCUUACCAUUAUAUUCGAGCGAUCCUAUAAUGACGGAGAGGUCCCCGAGUUCUUCCGUAGAAGCAUAGUAACACCCAUCUACAAAAAAGGCAACAAAUCUGAUCCUACCAACUACAGACCGAUAGCCCAAGGCUCAAUUGCGUGCAAAGUGAUGGAAAAAUUGAUCGCUCAACAUCUCAUAGACUUCCUCACGCGAAAUGACCUCCUCGAUCAAUACUCGAAUUCCGUCUGCUAG